AUUAUUUUCUUUUGCUUUUAGUUGAAACAUCGUGUCAUAAUGGAGAUGAAACUAUGGAAACAAUUGAGGCUGCUGAAGCACUUCUCAAUAUGGACUCCCCUGGUCCUAUGUUGGAUGAAAAAAGAAUACCAACUAUGUUUGGCUCAACUGAAGAUGAAGAUAUAGUGGCUCCUAUUACACAUGUAUCAGUCAGUCUUGAUGGGAUCCCCGAGGUGGUGGAAGUUCACCAAGCCCCAGACCCUUACGCUGAGUCACCAGAGACUCCGGAAUUUGAACAACCAAAGAAGAAAAGGGUAAGAUGCUAUUGCAGAGCAGUCUUGUGGAGUAGAGAGCAGUCAAUGGCAUGCUUACAUCCUCUCAUGGGUCUGUGGAGCCAUCCUGGCUGACAAGUCAAAAGAAUCAUGUGUCCUCUGCUGGAAAUACAGAGAAUGCUUUGUCUGACUGUAAGUCCAAGCCCAAAUGCUGAUGCUUAGAUAUUGAUGCUGGAGGGAUAGCAAUAGUUACUUGCCUUAGGAAACAUGGAUCUUUACUCAUUCCUAUUUCUAGUUUCUUAAGAGGAAAAUUACAUUACAAACUACAGAGCUUGCACUACCAUGAAAGCUGAAAUAUUUUAAUUAGCUUUUAUUU